UUUGUUCGUUAGUGAAGGCGCCUUGUUUUGGUCCGGGCCGCGGCGACACACGUGGACGAGGCGGCGGCGGCGAGGGACGAUGAGCGCUGCAGUGAUGAGUGCCAAGCGGAAACACGACGCCAUAGCCUCCGCCACACGCUCAGUCUUCGAGGAGGAUGCGGGGCAGCCAAGUUUUUUGGGAAACCUCAAUGGUGAUGAUGCCGGAGAUUCAUCUGACCCCGACGACAGUGACAUAGAAGAUGAUAGUGAGGAGGAGGAUGAGGGGAAUGACAGCGGUGAGGCAGACAGUCUUGAUGAAGAGGGAGAGGACGAAGAAGAGGAAGAUGAAGAUGAGGAGGGUGUUGAGAGUGCCAGUGAUGAGGAGGAGGAGGAGGAUGACUUCUUUGCUGAUGAGGAAGAGGAUGAUGAUGAUGAAACCAGUAACAAAAAUAAAAGUAAAAAAGAAAUAAAAGGUAAAACAGCAGCUGAGGUCAAAGCAGACAGGGACAGUGGCAUAGAUGACCUUCCACAAACUAAAACGAAGGUGACAAAAGUAAAGAACAAAACCACUAAUGACAAACGUAAACAGACCAGCACUAAGGGAAAAGAUACGAGCAGUACCGACAAAGACCAAAGCAGUAUUACCACACCCUCGCCCAGCAUUGCCGCACCCCCAAGCAUUGCUCCGGCCCCAUCCUCCUCCAGUGUGCCAGAUGAGUAUGCAGAAGACUCGUCGGAUGAAGAAGAUCUGCGCAACACAAUAGGCAACGUUCCCAUCAAGUGGUACGACGAAUACCCACACAUCGGCUAUGACCUCGACGGGAAGCAGAUCGUCAAACCCAAGCGAGGUGACACUCUGGACAACUUCCUCAACAAGAUGGAAAACCCAGACUUCAACCGCACCGUUUUGGACAAGCAGACCGGGCAGGACGUGAGGCUGAGUGAUGCCGACCUGGACAUCGUGAACCGCAUCAUGACCCACAAAGUCCCUGAUGGCAGCUACGACAUGUACGCACCGUGGGUUGACCACUUCACACACGAGGUAAUGGAGAUGCCGCUCUCCGGCCGGCACGAGAGCAAGAAGUCCUUCAUUCCCUCAAAGAGCGAGGCGGCGUACGUGGCAAGGAGAGCAGAGCAGAUCCGGCGUGGGCUGAUCCAGUAUACCCACAAGAAGGAGGAGAAGUACCGGUUCUACGACCUCUGGGCCAACGCCGACCGCCUCAGGGGCAUCCACAACCACAUGGCUGCCCCCAGACUCAAGCUACCGGGGCACGGCCUCUCCUACAACCCGCCACAAGAGUACCUCCCCAUCAACAGGAGUCGCUACAAGAGUAUCCGCACGGUGCCCGGCUACCAGUUCUUUAUCAAGGAGAGGUUCGAGAGAUGUCUGGACCUGUAUAUUGCUCCACGGAAGAGGGUGAUGCGGGUGAAGGCAGAGUCCAAGGACCUCAUCCCAGUGCUGCCGAAGCCCCAGGACCUGCGGCCGUUCCCCACCAUGAUGGGCCUCAUUUUCAAGGGCCACCGCUCCAUCAUCAGGUCCAUCUCAGUUCACCCGCUGGGCAAGUACCUCGCGUCAGGCUCAGACGACCACACAGUCAAAAUCUGGGAGAUCAGCACCGGCCGUUGUCUGCGCAGUUUUGAUAUUGAGGCAGCCGUUAAGUGGGUGGCGUGGAACCCCUCCAGCAAGCUGUUCCUGCUCGCCGUGGUGAUUGAGAACAAGGUGAUCUUCCUCAACCCGGAGACCUACCUGACGGACAAGCUGGUGGUGCAGCAGACCAACGCCGUCUUCAGGGAGGAGCCGGAGCAGGGAGACUAUGUCCAGCCGGAGCGUGUGCGGACGGCUGUGACAUGGAGGAAGCCCACCCCAGACGAGUGGGCCAAGGGCUACCGGAUCGUGUUGGAGCACUUCAGGAUGGUCAAACAGAUUGUGUGGCAUAAGCAAGGCGACUAUUUUGCCACCAUGAUCCCGGAGGGCGACCACCGCUCCGUCAUGAUGCACCAGUUGAGUCGCUGGCGCUCACAGGUCCCCUUCAACAAGUGCAAGGGGAGGGUCCAGUGCAUCGAGUUCCACCCUAAGUUCCCCUUCCUCUACGUGGCAACCCAGACCCACAUCCGCGUGUACAACCUCCAGAAGCAGAGGAUGCUGAAGAAGGUGCAGGCAAACAGCCGCUGGGUGUCCUCCAUCGCCGUGCAUCCAGGCGGAGAACACUUCCUCAUUGGAGGAUAUGACCGCAAGCUGAACUGGUUUGAGAUGGAGUGCACCAGGACGCCACAUGUGCUGAGGUUCCACAAGGCGGCGGUGCGAGGAGUGGCGUUCCACCGCAAGUACCCGCUGUUUGCCUCUGUGUCGGACGAGGGGAGGAUCAUCGUGUCUCAUGGCAUGGUGUACAAUGACUGGCUGAAGGACCCAUUCCUGGUGCCACUGAAGGAGCUCCGAGGACACUCCCACUUCGAGGACCUGUGUGUGCUGGACGUGGCUUGGCACCCCUACGAGCCCUUCCUCUUCACCUCAGGGGCUGACGCCACCAUCCGCUUGUGGCACUGAGGAGGCCAGACAGUGCCCGCUGCAUUGCCUGUGGGAAGAAUGACAUGGAAGUCUCUUGGUGUGUGGAGGCUGUGAUGACUGUGGCUCCAUAAGUACUGGCCUUGCUGAGUCGAGUGCGGUUCACACGGGCAAAGCUUCCUCGGUGUCGGUAUCCAUUUUCCGUUCAACUUUGGGCAGCAACAUAGGGAAACUUUGCCCGUGUGAACCGCGCUUUAGGGUCAGAGAAGGGGGGAGGGAGGGAGGAAGUUGGGUUAGAUAAAGUGAAAGAGGAGGAAUGCCGUGUACAAAACAGUGAACAUAGGCAAUACAUUGUGGAUUUAAUGGAAAGGGAAAAGGGGAUUAAGAAUGGGAAAUAGAGAGGAAAAAAAGAGAAAGAAGGGGAAGGUAAAUAGUAGGAAAUAAAGAGGAUAAGGAGGAGGAAGUGAGAUGGGAAAAGGAGGAAAAGAGAAGGGAAAGAGACUUAGUAGGACAUGAGAAGAGAGAUGUCCUAGAGAAAGAAGAAGAGAGAGAGGGAAAAAGAGGAGAGGAAGAGGAAAAAGGGAGAAGAGACAUACUAUAGGAAGGGGAAAAAAAAGGAAAAGGAUGGAACAGGAAAAUGAGGUGUGUGAAUAUUCUUGUUAAUAAAUCCUUGCCAGCACUUCUAAACAAUUCCAUGAUAUACUUUCUCCCAUAGUAAUAACAUGUCACUAUACAGUAUUUAAGACUUUGUUAAUAAAAGGAAUGAAAAGC